AUGGCAGCCCCGACAAAGUUCAGUUUUUCCGUCAGGAGCAUCCUGGAUCUGCCGGAGCAGGAUGCGGAGGCAGCGCCGCGGUCCUCCCCGCUCUACUCCUCCUGCUCCUCCAGCUCGCCCUACAGCUCCUGGAUGGACUGCGACCGCAGCCCCUGCAUAUCUUCGGAUGAAGGCAGUCUCGAGGCCUCCCCGGACUCGACCAAGCCGGAUGACUCGUCCCCAGACUCGGAGCCCAAGAAGAGCAAGAAGCGUCGGGUUCUGUUCUCCAAGGCCCAGACCCUGGAGCUGGAGAGGCGCUUCCGGCAGCAGCGCUACCUGUCUGGUCCGGAGAGGGAGCAGCUGGCCCGGCUCCUCAGCCUCACCCCGACCCAGGUGAAGAUCUGGUUCCAGAACCACCGCUACAAGAUGAAGAGAGGCCGGGCGGAUGGAGCGCUGCUGCAGGACAUGGAGAUACCGCAGCCUCCGCUGCUGCGCCGGGUCGUUGUUCCGAUCCUGGUCCGGGACGGGAAACCUUUCCACACCUGCUUACUGGACACGGAGAAAUCCAGCUGUUUGCCUCCUUCUCCAGCGGUGCCGUUCCCCUUAGCCUACCCGUCUCUGCAGCACCCGUCCCCCGUCGCUCUGCCUCCGAGGUACCAGCAGCACUUUCCGGCCUCCAGAUUCGCCUGGAGAGACUUUUGGAGCGACUCGGUCCACUUUAAUUCUUUCAAGUGA